GAAACUUACAAAUGGCCCCCUUCCUCUCUAUACAAGCAACCACCAUCGCAUUUGAUUCGUCUGUGGGUAUUGAUUAUUGGUACAUUUGUUGUUAGGCAAAUGCACGAUCAUCAAACCGGCACAUUGGAAGAGGGUAGAAGGCACGUGGUAUCAACAUAUAAAAUUGCCCGAGAACCCCUUACUUAGACAGCCGGUCUUUCUUUUUCCUUCCACCUCUUGCGAUUCGUUCCUUGGCUUUUCUAUUUCUUCUUCGGCGAUUUCGCCCCUUUUCAUCUUCAUUGUUUUUCUACAGUAUGCUUGGUCGUACCAACUCAAUUUUUCUUGCCGUUGUCGGUGCUGGAAUGGUUUCUGCUCAGUCGCUCUCAUUAACGUCAAACUGCACAGACUCAUUGAAAGCCUUGUUGACAUCCCCUGAUUCAGCAUGUAUGAACCCGUCGGCGUUCCUCUCUUUUAUUGUUGGCACGGAGAAGUCGAUUCCCGAUACCAUAAACAACUGGCUCUCGGGCCUUUGCUCUCAAGGGUCAUGCACGGACGAAUCAAUCAAGGUGAUGGUGACAAACGUUACUACUGGAUGUAGCGAAGAACUCGCCAGUGUUGGAGCACCGUUGGAUGUUCAAGACAUCGUUCUCAAUGCUGUGCAGCAGACAUAUCCGACUGCGAGAAACAUCGCCUGUUUGUUUGACACUUCUUCCAACGAAUUUUGUGCGACAACGACCUUGUCGGAUCUCGAAACUGUGAUUGGACCGCUUACACUGGACGACUUGAGCUUCCUCAAUAUCACUAAUGACCUCCAGAAACUCAUACAGUCGGGCGUGGAAAACCUAGCCUGCACGAGUUGCAUUAAGGAGGGAUUUACGCUGGCUAGAGAAGCUUUUCCCGGCGUUGUCUCGCAUAUUGACAACGACGCCACUCAGCUCUGUGGAAACUCGUUUAUUGAUGGAAGCGUUCCUGAAAACGUGUCGCAGACCGCUGUUAGUGGUGUGUUCACAGCUACUCAGCAAACAAAUUCAGGAAUCUCCCAGGGAUUAGGAGGUGCAAUGAUGUUGGCAGGGGUUGCUGCUACUUUUGUUUUGCUAGGUUAGCUGCAGCCCUGUGUUUUUUAAGUCGAGUUAUAUAAGUUAUUCAGUCCUCAU